GAUUACUUCAACCUGUUGCGAAAUGGUCAAUACACUCGUGCACUACUAACGUUUGAAAAAAAUCAAUUUAUCGAUGAUUCCACAUCAUCAACCCUUAUCAUAUUCAUAAUUCAUAAACUAACCAGCAAACUAAUAAUCAAGAGGGGUCGAACUUCUUUGGAAAAUAUUAUUUUCCACCCUUUCGAAUCGAAAUUCGAGCGCAAGCGCAAUGCGAUUUUCCAUUUCAAUCAUCAUCGAACCACCGACAUUUAGUAUCCAGCGAGCUCUCGAGCGUCAACGAUGGAAAAACAACAGUACGUCAUCGCGCAGGAUGACGGUAAAAAGGCAAAUUUGAGCAUACAGUGGAAUCGUUGGCUGUUGACACCGAUCGGCGCCUGGCCAAAUUUACGCAAAUCGAGAAUAGGAAAAUGUUAUUCCUUGUUGAUCAGUAUCAUUUGUUACGGUUUGAUCGGUUUCAUGCUCGUGUCUUGUAGCAUGUUUUUGAUGGUGGAAAUCAAGAAGGUAUAUAACAGAAUCAAAAUGAUUGGUCCAUUGAGUUUCUUCUUAAUGACAUUCAUGAAAUAUUACCUGCUAUUGCUCCAUGAAAAUGAUAUACGUGAAGGUAUCGAAUGCAUCGAAUGGGACUGGAAGAACAUGAAACAUCAAGAAGACAGGAAUAUAAUGAUCGAGUAUGCGAAUUAUGGAAGAAAAUUAGUAUUGAUUUGUACAUUUUUCAUGUAUAGUGCGUUUGCAUUUUAUUACCUAGUCUUACCGUUUAGCGUGGGGAAAAUAGAAGAUGGAAAUUUGACGUUUAUUCAAUUACCAUUUCCUUCGUCGAGUUUGAUCGCUGAUAUACGUUACAGCCCUUACAAUGAAAUCGUAUUGUCCGUUCAAAUUCUGACAGGUGUUGUGAUGCACGCUAUAACAUCGGCAGCUUGUAGUAUAGCCGCUGUAUUCGCGGUGCACGCAUGUGGACAAAUGCAGGUGUUGAUGAACUGGUUGGAUCACUUAGUGGAUGGCCGAUCGGAUAUGAGUAAGGCUAUAGAUGACAGGAUUGCAAAUAUUGUAAUUCAACAUGAUCGAAUAUUGAAAUUUUUGGCACUUACAGAAAAAGCGCUUCAGCAAAUAUCUUUUGUAGAAUUUUUAGGCUGUACUGCGAAUAUGUGUCUUCUCGGAUAUUAUUUAAUAGUGGAAUGGAAUCCAAAAGAAAUAAUACUUUCAGUAACUUACGUAGCUUUAAUCAUAUCUAUCACUUUCAAUAUCUUCAUAUUUUGUUAUAUAGGCGAUCUGGUUGCCGAACAGUAUUUAAUAGAAAUGAAUAAUGUCUCGAUUCAGUGUCAAAAAGUUGGUGAAAUGGCGUAUAUGAUCGAAUGGUAUCGAUUAACAGGCAAAAAAAAACUUUGCUGCAUUUUGAUCAUUGCAAUGUCGAAUUCAUCGGUAAAAUUUACAGCUGGAAAUAUGGUUGAAUUAUCGAUCUAUACUUUUAGUGAUGUCGUUAAAACAUCGGUGGCUUUCUUAAACAUGUUUCGAGCAUUGACUUGAACAUUUUUUUAUAAUAAAUAUUUAAGUUGGUAGUAUGUAGAUAUUAGUUAAAUUAGUGAAAAAUUUACAUCACAUCUGUACAUAUUGUAUUAGAGAUUCAAUGAAACUG